AUGGAGCCACGGGGGCUCGGGAAGGCGGAGCCAGGUCGCGCGCGGUCAGACUCUGAGCUGGGCCCCACCUACCUGGUCGGUCCGGUCAUCAGCCCCGUCCGAGUCAUAGGCGGGGAGCUCUACCUGGACCUGCUGUCCCAGCCCUGCCGCGCCAUCUACCUCUUCGCCGAGAAGAAUGGCAUCCCCUUCCAGCUGCGAACCGUGGAUCUGCUCUAAGGACAGCAUUUGAACAAGAAGUUCUUCCAAGUUAACAGCCUGCAGAAGGUGCCUGUCCUCAAAGACGGGGACUUCCUCCUGACCGAAAGCUCAGCCAUCCUGAUUUACCAGAGUUAUAAGUGCCAGGUGGCAGACCACUGGUACCCACCUGACCUGCAGGCCUCUGCCCGAAUCCAUGAGUACCUGGGCUGGCAUGCUGACAACAUCCUUGACACCUUUGGUGUGACCCUGUGGACCUGGAUGAUCACACCACUCAUGGGGACCCAGGUGCCUGAGGAGAAGAUAGAAUGAAAUAAGACCAGUGUGGCCUGGGCUCUGCAGCCGGAAGAGAAGUUCUUGGGGAACAAGGCCUUCCUCAUGGGCCAGCAGGUGACGCUGGCUGAUCUCAUGUCACUGGAGGAGAUGAUGCAGCCCAUGGGGGGCGAUCAUAAUGUCUUCCUCAGCAGCUCCAAGCUGGUGGAGUGGCGCAUGCGGGUGGAGCUGUACAUCGGCUCUGGCCUCUUCUGGGAGGCCCAUGACCGGUUGGUGAAGUUAGCAGAGUGGGAUGUCUCGACAUUGGAUCCAGUGGUCAAGGAGAGGAUCUGCAAAUUUCUGGAGACUUACAAGUGACCCAGAGGCAGCGCAUCCUCCAGAGCCCAACUGACUCAGCCCUCUGAGCCGCCUUCCUUGGGGGAGACACUAAAAAACAAUUUUGUUCUUUUAUCUAAUAAAGAACUGGAACAAC